UGUGACGCCUUUUUGCUUAAUGCUUGAUGCUUCCGUAAUUGGUAGUUGAUUAGGAAAUGUCGCAGAGGAGAUCAUCGUAGAUGAAGGCAUUGCCAGGGGAUUGUUACAACUCAUAGACUUUCACCCUAAAUUUAUUGUGAUUUCAGAAUCAUUACGUCUUCGAAGGGAAUCAAGAGGUACCGAAAGCCUGUUAACAGUCGAAUGGGAAGGAAUCCAAACAGGCGAUCAUUCGGACUCUGAUGUGAAGGGUUUUCUCGUAGAGUAUCGAGCCGAAAAGGACAAGCAUUGGAUGGUACACUCAGGAAUUAUUCCCUAUAAAGGACCCAAUCACCAAUACCGAGUGCAAAUACCAAAACUUCCCACUGGAGUUGCUUACUUUGUCCGUAUCAAAGUACUUGGUUCAAACAAUGAGAUCCUUGUGGAAACGGCCGAAAUCCGAGCCCGGAACGAGAUCGUCUCCAUUAAGUGCGAGAGUGAUGAUAUCACCCCUCCUCGACAUUUGGAAGUCACCCAUGAAGGACAGUACUCGAUCGCCAUCAAAUGGGAUGUUCCUGAGUGUGGUUCAAUCGGAGAAUACCAGGUUGAACUAAUCGGUGAAGAGUCUCCAUUUGAUGUUCAUCGCCAAACUGUCACUCAGCCCCAUGUAUCUGUGACCAACCUCUUGCCAGCGACCAGCUAUAACGUCAAAAUUCGGGCUGUGGAUCGUCAGCGUAGGAUUGGGCCUUGGAAUACAGACCUCUUGCAGGCAAAAACUCAAGGAGAGCCUGUGCCAAUCUCGAAUGCUAUUCAUCUCGUCUAUCGUACGGACUCGGAACUGCGCAUUGCAUGGGAGCCGAUAAGUGACGAACGCGCUCAGCACUAUGAGGUCAUGGCCGUUGAGGUCUUACCGGAUUCGCGACGAGUCGAACGCGCCCGCGUACCGUCUUACGUGUUCACCCACACGUUGGCUGGACUGUUGCCAGAUACAAAAUACCUUAUCGGAGUUAUCGCAUUCGUCGACCAUGAACCGAAACAAGUGUACAAUUUGGAAGCUCAAACUUUUGAAGAACCAUCGGAUCGCUGGAAUGAGAAGCCACAGGUGGUCAGUAACGGUGAUGAAAGGUUUUCAGUCCAAUGGCGAAUGCCAUCCUUUCAGAAACCAGUCAGUAAAUUCGUUGUGGAAUACAGACUUCCCAACGAGAGUUACUGGAGAAGCACAGACGAAGUGGUACGAAGACAUUUCAGAAAUUACGUGUACUCGGCCUUUUUUCAUCAAUACAACACCUUGGUUUUCAAUAUUCGUGUCAUCGCCAUCGGAGACGCAAAGGAACUUAUCGCACGGACCGAUGAGGUGGCCAUAGGAGUCGCUGCUGCUAACGCCUGCAUUGGACCGGCCGGUAUUCCCACGGAGGUAGGCCCUUCUUCUGCUUUUGUCCAGGCGACACAGUUGAGAUUCAGUUGGAAUAAGCCAAACUGUGAUGAAAGUGUUGCUCCUAUUGAUGGUUACGAAUAUUUGAUCCACGAGUCGCAGCAAGAAGUUCCCCACAGUGGUGCGUCGUACACUGGUGGAACUCAGGUCACCAUCACCGACCUCCACCCGUCCACUAGGUAUUCGUUCCGGUUGCGAUCUCGGAACGCAAACGGGCAUUCUCCAUGGAGCGGAGUAAUCCACGUUAGCACACAACCAGAAGGCUCUCAUAAAUUUUCGCCGAAUUUUGUUUUAGACGAGAAUAACUGCUUAAAAAUUCGUGUGGUGCUUUUUCCUCUUGACGUUUUCUUUCUAUGGACACCGCUUCCGCUGCACUUUAACACUGUUGCAUAUUUCAAGUUAGAGUUCAAGGAGUUGGCAGUCUCUCGAUGGGUGCGUGUAGCCGGCGAUCCGCAACAGUUCCUGUGUCUUCGGGGACUUGCCGACCACGUCAACUGCUUGACGUACAAUGUAACGAACGGCAUAGUACACCAUUCGGGAUGCACCGUACAUUUCUCACUUUUGCAUCUAGUGGGUAUCGUACAACCGUCAGAGUUACAAGUGAGUAUUACGCAACCGCGAAUCGAGCAACAAGGACCACGUAAUGUUGUGUACUGGUCUACAUCCGGAGACACUUCACACGUACUCGGAUACCAGGUGGACAUUCGUCGUACUGGCGAUCGUGACUGGAUGGAACACGGAACAAUAGUUCAUUCAGAACCGCCUCAGUCUCACUUCCGUCAGUCACUUGGAGCUAUGCCAGUCGCGACAUACUACUUGAGAGUUAGAGCGAUCGACAACAGCAGAAUCACCAUCGCUACCUCACCCAGUACCAGCUUCUUGGUUUCGUGUCAAGUUCCAACAUCCCCCGAAAAUGUUCGUCUGGAUCGAGUCUCCGAUGAAGUGGUACGAGUCUCGUGGACAUUUCCUAAUGAUGAUCCGGCAUGUCAAACGUUCUUCUUCAUUACUGGUGUUCAGAAUGGAAUGCCGAUUAGCCAUCGAGUGCAAGGAAGUGAACGUAGUUUUGACAUCAACGCACCGGCAAAAGGAGAUUGGAGAGUGGAGGUAGUGCGUGCAGUGAACUCAGCCGGAUCGGGUCCAACAUCCCGUGAGGCGAUCUUCACCAGUGCUCAGCAGUCCAGUAAUCGUCAUCGCCGCACUAUUUGCGAUCCACGAACGGAUUUUUGGUGUGGUUCGGAUGCACAAUUAAUCCGUUCAGCUUUGGUGUCCACACCAAGGGUCACUGCUCGCGGAAAUGACCUCCUUGUCGAGUGGAAAAGCGAAGGCGACGGACGUGGUGUGUUUGGGUACCGGGUCCAGUUCCGAACCGAGAGUUCAGGAUGGAAUCCUUACGGACAAAUUGUACCAUAUGUGGGUGACAAUCAAUAUUAUUCACAGACACUCACAGGACUUCAACAAGGACAUACUUACUCUGUUCAUAUUCAGGUUUUGGAUAGGAAUUCGUACGUCAUGUAUGUGAGUCCUGAGGCAUCGGCCAGAAGCAGCUGUACAGCACCAUCUCAUCCUCCCUCACAUGUCCAAGUGCAGGCUCCUGAUGCUUCCCAUGUGCGGGUACACUGGGCAGUUCCACCUCAAAGUACUUGGGGAUGCGCUGACAUAGAAUUUGAAAUCCAGGUGGAUGAGCCGAGAGGUGUUCAGCCAGUUACUGUAGCUGGUACUCAGACCAGCCACAUAUUCACCAGUCAGCCAAACCAGCAAUGGUCAAUUCGAAUGCGCGCAAAGAACAUGGCGGGGCAUUCGGCAUGGACCGCGCCAGCAGAAGUACGGACGUCGCCAGGUGGUGAGCUGAUCGUCGGGCCAAACGUUGCCUAUAGACAAGGAAACCCAAUCAUCACGUGGCAAUCGAGGGAGAACGUCGAUGGUCUUAUUGACAAUUUCAUUGUUCAGUGGAAAGCUUCCACGGAAUGGGAUUGGCGGCAGCAUAGUAAGCCGAUUCCGUACUCGGGAUCGCAACGUCCAUACUCAAUUGACCUGGGCGAACUUCCCAAGGGUCAAACCUAUCAGGUGCGUGUGAUCGUGAAAGAUCAUAACCGUGGUACUGCUUUCACAUCACCAAUCGUUCAAGUGCAGACGCAGUCGGCUUGUCAGCCACCGAGACGAGCGCCAUCCAAUCUACAGGUCUCUCCUAUCGGGCCCACCCAAAUUCGACUCACGUGGGCGCCACUUCAUGAGUCUGAAUGGAAUUGUGAUCGAAUAUGGUACAUCGUUAAAUACAGUACACCGAAAAACCAGGGUUUCAAGAAUCUUACGCAAGGCGAGAAUUCGGUUGUGUUCGAGUCCGACCCGUAUACGAAGUGGAAUUUUGAAGUACAAGCAGCAAAUCCUGCAGGAGAGACGCAAUGGUCGAGGACUGAGACCGCACAAACUCAGGAUGCGUCGCCUGGUCCCGUGGUAGAUUUCCGAGUGCAACCAGUUGGUCCUGACCGGUUACAAGUCAGUUGGAGGCCUCCAUUGAAUCCUAAUGGGCUCAUUACUCAGUACGAGGUUACCUAUCAGCUGAUCAGCAAAGGAAUGUGCGACCAACAACAGGAUGUACCUCUUACGAUAUCAACGACGUCGCCACAUCAUGUCAUCACUGGAUUGCAUCCACACUCUCGCUACAGAGUAGGAGUUGCGGCAAGGACAACAAUCGCAGGCGAACGCAUCUCGCAGGAGGUCCAGACCGAGCAGUCGGUUCCCUCCGCACCUCCAACGUAUCUCCGAGUCGAAGAGGCUACAGAAAACGACGCCAGCAUCAGCUGGCAAGCGCCACCUUGUUUGCAGACUAAUGGUGAGAUAACUGAGUAUGAGUACGAAGUGACGUCGGCUGAUCGUCGAGCCGCUCCGCAGCGAAUCGCCAACAAUGUUCGUGGCACCAGAACCCAUGUCACUAAUCUCGAGCCGUUCACUCGGUACAAUGUCAAGGUUCGAGCCUACACUAGUCGAGGCCCUGGUCCGUGGUCUACUGAAGUUCCAUUUCAGACGGCAGCAGCAAAAACUGUUACGGCUCCACCAUUCGUGAGAGUCGUCAGCACUGGUACUGAUAACGCUCAUUUGGUCUGGCAAUCCCCAUAUCCUGAGAGUGGCUACAUCGACAAAUAUAAGUGCCGCUACGCAGCUGCAGGAACUGGGAAAUACCAGGAACGACAGUUUCCGGCAGUUAGCCCAUGUCAACCGAGGAUUCUAGAGCGCCAACAGCUGCCAACUCCACCACCAGGGUCGAGGUUACACUGUGGACGAAUAGAUAACCUGCAGCCAGAACAGACAUAUGACUUCCAGGUUGCGGCACACGUACAAAACGCUGGUUGGUCACCGUGGUCACAGCCGGAACGAUCUAAAGUCACCAACGAGCCGGUACAAAUACUCAGUAUUGACAAGAUUGGCGGCAGCGAAAGUUCGCUAGUGGUGUCAUGGGCUGUUCGUCCAGACGACCGUAGUCGAAUAACCUCGUUUCGUCUUCACCUUGAGCCUGUCGACCGCUCAUCUCGACCUCAGACUUUCAACGUUGAUCGUAACACUUAUCAGUAUAGAAUCGACAAUCUUCGACCUCGUACUCAGUACAACGUUACCGUUGAAGCAGCUAUUAACAAUGAACUCUGUGGGGGAACAACGGUGACGAUGUGGACGGAUGCCGCUCCACUGACGGCACUAGCAAUCGCUCCGCGAGUAAUCGCUGAGGAAGCCACAUCAGUGACAGUCGGCUGGGAAAGCAGAAACCGAGAAGCGGGCGGUUUUAUCGUUGAGUACAGAUUAGAAGGUGGUGCAUGGCAGCAGUGGCCUCGUCGCAUUCCAGCGCAUCCAACACAGACGACGUACACGGCAACAGUUGACGGGCUUCCAACCAACAGCGUCGUUGACCUCAGAGUAAGAGUCAUAUCUCGUCAAAAUGAAGAAUCCAGUCCAUCACCAGAAGUACGAGCUCGCACGAAGUGCAGUCCACCAUCCAAUCCUCCACAGGGAAUCCGCGUUGAUGCACCGUCGACUAAUAACGUUCGCAUCUCAUGGGCUCGUCCUUCGAAGGACACCUGGAUGUGCGACCAGAUGAACGUCGAGAUUAGCUAUCGCGUUGGAAAUGAGCCAGAGAAGAUUCUUCCUGUACCUGGCGAUCAAACGGAGUACACAUUGCCAGCUGAACCUAAUCAACGCUGGGUGGUUAGACUUAGAGCCACAAAUCAAGUUGGAUCCAGUCGAUGGUCAGCCGAACAAACAGUAACAACACGCCAAGGUGCUCCAGGAGCCGUUAGAGAUCUGAGAGUUAAAGCGCUGUCACCGAACGAAGUUCAUGUGCAGUGGUUAGCGCCUUUAGUUCAAAGAGGCACCAUAGUCGGCUACGAUAUCAGCUACAGGCUGAGGCAUCGACUUGCUUGCCCCGAAGAAGAGCCACGUGAUGUGUCACGCGAUUUUGUCACCGUCUACAACCAUAAGGAUCUAGACUACACCAUUACCGGGCUUCUACCGUACUCACUGUAUGCAGUGAUGCGAGCCCGGACAACAGAGCUGGGUCCUGAGGAAACGAAGGAGGUGUCGACCGAGCAACAACCACCCUCAUCCCCGCCGCUGAAUCUAGAGCUCACCUACGCGCUCGAGCGCUCGCUGUCGUUUCAAUGGGAACCAGUCGAUUGUUCUCAACGCCACGGCCAUAUCGUCAACUAUGAGUACGAGAUUCUCGGACAGGACGAUUGGGCGAAACUGGAGCGUCAAAUUGCUAACACAUCCGAGACGAGGAUCACCAUUGAUGGACUGACGCCGUUCACCAAAUAUGUGAUGCGUGUUCGAGCCUAUAAUAGCAUCGGAGGAGGUCCGAACACCGAAAAUCUGGACGCGAUGACAGCUAAAGCCAGCGCUCCGCUCCCGCCACAGGAUCUGGUCGUUGCUCAGGAGACUUAUGAAAGCUUGAUAAGAAUUGAUACUAAUUAUGGAAAAUUUUCGGUGUCCUGGUUGCCACCGUAUCCGCCGUAUGGUCCUCACGAUGCCUAUAAAAUUCGUUAUCAGCUAUUAGGAACGGAGAGAUGGAUUGAGAAGCAACAUGGCAUUAAGGAUAAGGAACUUCUGUGUCCAUCGGAAAGUCCACGAUUCUGCUUUAAUGUCACCGGACUUGAGCCAGGAAACCAAUACAAAGUGCAAGUGGCUACCCAUAUUGAAGGAGGAAACUAUGGACCAUGGUCAUCAGUGGUGAUAGCCAAUACGCUACAAAUUCUUCCGGAUGCUCCACGGGCUAUCUAUUUGAUCGAUAAGACUGACCACUCACUUCACAUCGAAUGGGUUCCACCAGUUGACACAAAAGGUCAUAUAACUCAAUAUCGAGUGUCCAUCGUUUCACUGGAUGACCCCAACGACGAGCGUAAAUCGAAUCUGGUCGACCAUCCCACACUUACGCACUUAUUUGAGAAUCUGAAGCCAGAAACGUCUUACAACGUGUCGAUCGCAGCCGGAUCGAAGCAGGGUUUCGGCCGAGAGAUUUGGACCCGCUAUUCGACAGACCCAUUCGUAAUCCCCGUCGUUGUCGCCGCGCCUGUGGUAACUCCUGACGGUGCUUCAGCACUGGACAUUCAGUGGACAGCAGUGGCCGAUUCACAGAACAGAGUGAGAGGGUACAUAAUUGAAAUCAGAAACUCGGAUACGCCCGUAUGGCAAGAGAUAGGAGGCGUGAUUCCCCAUGAUCCAGUGAGAAGGACCUAUCUGAAAAAGCUAACCGGUCUCGAUGCCGAUACUCUCUACUUCGUGCGUAUUAAGGUGGUGGACGACAAACAGCGUGUAGGCGGUGCUUCUCCAGAGACACAAGGCCGAACCGGCUGCGCUCCACCUACUGCUCCGCCAUCGAACGUCAACCUGGCAUCACCGUCUAACGUGCAGGUGAGAGUGAGCUGGCAGGCUCCUGUGAAAAGUUCAUGGUUGUGCUCCAAUAUUCGCUAUAAACUCGAGUACAUCAAUGGAACGCGACCUCGUGCGCAGAUCGGUUUACCAAGUUCUUCUAUAGAACAUAUCUUUGAUUCUUCGCCGAACACUAGGUGGCAGGUACGCAUGCGAACAGAAAAUGACGCCGGAGCGUCUCGCUGGAGUAACGAACUUGAACUCACUACUGCUGAAGGUGCUCCUGGGCAAGUGACAGACUUAACCGGUACUCCAACUGGUCCAACGUCUAUCGAUCUUACAUGGAGACCGCCAACUGAUGCAAACGGUGUCAUAACCGGUUAUACUCUUGUCUACAACCUUAAGUCAAUUGGUGAAUGUGGUCCAAGAAGCUCGACUCCUAUCCAAAAGCAUGUGCGAAGCGAGAAUCAGGUUUUGGAUGGUCUCUUACCCGAUUCUACCUAUGAGGUGCAUGUGAUUGCCCACACUUCACUAUCUGGACCGCAGUCGAAGGUAGUCACCGUCACCACAGAGGAAGCACCUCCAACCGGCCCGCCUACCAAUGUUCGGGUUGGAUCGGUUACUUCAACGCGAGCUGACGUCACCUGGUCGCAACCGAAUUGCGAAUUACGGAAUGGAAAGAUUACUGGUUACCAAUAUGAGUUGGAAAGUCUAGAUCCAUGGGGAGAGAACUUGACUUCUCACCAAUCUAGCGAGCGGCUCACACUCAACGAUCUCGUGCCCUACAAUGAAUACAGAAUUCGUGUCCAAGCCAUAAAUGGCGUUGGUGAAGGUCCAUUCUCCGAAUGGUCUCGUUUCACCACUCAUCCUGCAGCCCCACCCGCUCCGUCGGACCUUCAAGAAGAGGGUGCAUUUCCACAUGCUGUCGAAAUCUCCUUUGCUGCUCCUAGUCCUCCCCAUGGGAACGUUGAUUACUAUCGUAUACGUCAUACUCCUGCUGGGCAGUUGAACUAUAAAGAAGUGAGAGUGGAGGCAGAACGUCUAGAGUGCUCAGACUCUUCCAAACGGGAACGCCUUUGUUUCCGUGUGCACAACUUGGAUCCUGAGCAGGACUACGAAAUACAGGUAUCGCAUUUUACUGCCCAUACUGAAAAUGGAGCUUGGUCGGAAUGGUCCGAGACGCUUAAUGCAAGAACCGAGCAGCAGAAUAUUCCGGUACUAGAGCGCGAACUUGAAGUAGUAGACACGAAACCCGAAUCGAUUACUCUUCGGUUCGAAGGAGUACCUCAAGAUCAAGCUGCCCAUGUAGUUGGAUAUGUACUGGAAUUUAAAUCAGAGGACGACUUUGAGUGGGCCGAAUACAACGGCGUUAUUAAGCACCGUCGUGGUUCCACUGACUACAAGGUGAUGGUGAAAGGACUAGAGACCGCGUCAACUUACUUCUUCCGUCUGAAGGUAAUGGGGAAAAAUGACAAGCGCGGUGCACCUGGUCCAGAGACGAAAGCUACAACGAGCUGUGGACGACCGGAGGAGCCUCCAAGUAAUGUCAAACUCGAAGGCGAGGAUUUCCAGACUUUGAAGAUCACAUGGAUUCCACCGUCGAAGGAGACCUGGCGAUGUGAUGACAUCGAAUUCGUCAUAGACUACGUCAAUACGACGUCUCGUGGAUUAUUAACGGUGUCUGCGGAUUCCCCAAAUGAAUUGAUCAUUCCGACAAUGCCUGGAACAAGAUGGGAGGUAAAAAUGCGUACUCAGACUGUUGAAGACGGAGCAAAACCCCAAACGAGUAAAUGGAGCGAUAAAGUUACUCUUACCACGCAAUCCAUGCCUGGGGAAUUAUUCGUUACUGUAGAGCCAAAAGGACCAAGAGAUGCCUUGGUCACUUGGGAUCUUCCUGACAAGGAUCAAAAAUGGAACUACGGAGUUGACAUCUCCUACCGUCUGAAACAACUGGGCGGGUGUAAGGAAUCAGCUACCGGGCCACAAGAUGCAAUUACUAUGUUCAACAUCCAAGAUAAACAAGUACCUAUUGAAGGACUUGCAGCUGGAAGCGUUUAUGAGGUCACGGUCACACCUCGUCGUCCUCCAUCACUACACUCAUCGAUUGUGACACCAAAGACGGUUCGAACAUUUAAGACGAAGAAUGACGUACCGACAGGACCACCGCUAAAUCUACAGUCCACUAUCAGAAAAGACUCUGAGCUCGGUUUCAAGUGGGACGCACCAGAAUGUGUACAUCAAAAUGGUAACAUCACGCAGUACGAGUUCGAGUUGGUCGGAAUGGAUGUGUGGAAUGAGGGAACGCGUGAGGGUGUCACACCUCGGACCAGCACUAUCAUCGAUCAACUGCAACCAGGUUCACUCUACAGGAUGAAGGUACGCGCCUACACCAGCGAAGGACCUGGACCUUGGUCUGAUCCGCUGGAAAUUCGAACCACUGGCUCAGAACUUGGUCCACCGAGGGAAUUGACAGCAGUUCAAACGAAGAGCACUUCCAUUCAACUCACAUGGCUUUCUCCCUACCCAGAAAAAGCCAUCGUUACCGCGUAUCGAAUGAGAUACAGCCCAAGAGCCGACGAUUCGAAUCCGACAGAGGUUGAGUUGUCUGGAGAUCAGCUGUCCUGCUCCGGCUAUAAGAGUCCCAUCAUCACCACUGCCAACUUGUGCACAACGAUUCGCAAUCUCCAGCCAUCCACAACCUACAGAUUCGCUGUGCAGGGUCAAUCAGCGUCAGGAACGUGGGGUGAGUGGUCUGGAGAAUACUUCUCGACCACCCGCAAGGACGACAAAGAGCCACUUGGCGGAAGUCUGAGACUGCUGUCGGCUGGACACGACAACCUUAAGGUCAAAUGGACACCGCCGGCUGUCAUUAGGGAAAAAAUAGACACCUACCAGUUGUUUAUCUCCGCAGCCAGUGAACUUGAUCAGCAUCCGAAGGAAUUCACCAUUCCCGGAUCACAAACGGAUUACCACUUCAGGCAAUUGAAUUCUGUUACACAGUAUAAUGUGACAGUGCAAGGCCUGUCAACCAACAAUAAGCUGUGGUUCAUCUCCUCUGUGUUCGCAACAACUGACUUCGCUGAAGGUCUGCUCAGUUGGCUUCCGGCUCCGACUGAUCUCCAUCUAAUCGAGAAAUCUGACACAAUGUUGCAUGUAGACUGGGUUCCUCCAGAGAUUUUCGACGUAGAGCAAAGAGAACUGCUUACUCAUUACAGGGUUACAAUUGCCCCAUUCAAUCCUAUUACCAGAGAAUUGGGUCCUAAGAAGAAUUAUACUGUGCCUGUGCCAGGGAAUUCAGUUAAAUUCGAGUAUCUCAAUCCAGAAACUGUGUACAAUAUCACAGUACAGGCAGGAACAAGUUCUGGAUACGGUCAUAUCCUUUGGGGAACGUACAGUACUCUGCCGCCGGGACAAAGACAUAUCAUACGGCUUCUGAACAGAACUCCAACUACAUUACACGUGGAAUGGGAACCUGUAUGGGGACGAAGUCACAGUGGAUAUACUUUGACAGCCCGUUCGCUAUAUUCGGUCUACAGCAAUGUGCGCAUCGACCAGGUGAAGACGUUCGACGUCGAAUCCUGGGAAUCGGAUUUCGUGAUCCGGGGACUUCAUCCCAGUACGGUCUACAAUGUUACGCUGAAACCAAAAGAUCAAACAGAGGUUGCAUGGGGAGUUUAUUCGACUCUACAACCAGGAUGGUUCCUAGUUAAAAAUCUGAAGCAAUGCGACAAAACGAACUUUGCCGUGUCAAUGAGCUGGGAACCCGUCGAGCUCGACAUGGCAUCCCACUACCAGGUUCGCUACCUGCGAAUGAUGGACAAGGAGGCAAGCUGGGUUGAAGAGGAUGCGCGCGAGAGUAAGGAACUGCUUUGUCCGAAGGAUGGUUGUGGUCGUCUGUGCUACCUUGUCUUCAACAUGCCCCACAAUCCCAACGAAUACGUCUUCCAGGUGCGGGCUAGGGUCGAUGGCGAAUGGAAUCACUGGCGAACAGCUGCAAGGAAAGUCAUUACAGUGAUACUGUCUCAGAUCCGCCGGAGCUGCUGCAUAGUUCCGCCACCUUAUAUGGUCGAGAACAUUGGCAGUCCUGGGUCUUGGUGGGAAGUGGAUGUGAGUCCUGCCGCCACCGAGAGGGCCGUCACCCGAUACUAUGUGGUCGUAGAUGAUCGAGACCCUCCUGGAGAGACGAACUGGACAGAACUCACCGAUAAGGUGACGGCCAACAAGCUGAAAAUUCCCUACUACGUAGCGGCAUCGUUCGAUAUCAACACCUUAACUGAACCGAGAAAGGUACGAAUUGGCGAUGGGACAGUCAUUGGUGGGUAUCUGAAUUAUCCACUCGUGAAGGGAAGGAAGUAUAACUACGAGGUGUACACGGUGUGGAACGUAACCGGAAACCCAGUUGUCGGUCGCAGCAGAGCUUCACCGUACCUGGCAGCCGGAUGGCCGUGGUGGUGGUUGCUGCUUCUCUUGCUGACGUUACUACUGCUAAUCCUGCUCUGCUGUUGUCUUCUAUGGUGCCUUCAAGGACGAUACCGUACUCGUAAAGAGCAUCGACGGAUGGUCACAAAUGGACAGCACGUGCCACUUCUGGAAGAGGACAAGUCUGGCAUGGAGGCGAAUCUCCGUUCACUUGAAUCGCGGCUCGACAAAAUGCGUGGUGCUGUCGACGGACGUUCUCGUGGCGAUUUUGAGGAUGGCUACAUGAAAGGAUACAAAGAUGCAAAUAAGCUCGGAUCCGCAAGUGCUGCUCGGCGUCGAAUGGAUGACGACUACGGUGGCAGAGAUGAUCGCUUCCAUGAGGGAUAUGUAAAAGGCCUUAAAGAUGCCGGUCUCACUGGAAUGUCAACAUCAAUGCACAAUUUAGCUCAAAGAGGGACCGGUGGAGGAUACUCGACUGGUUUUAUGCAGGGAUACAAAGACGGAAAUUCUGGUAUCUUUGGCGACCGUGUCACGCCUUCUUUGAUCGCGCGCUUAGAUGAGCAGUACCCUGGCCAGGAUGAUUUCAAGCAGGGUUACGUUGACGGAUUCAAAGAAGGUGUUUCCAGCAGAACCGGAGAGAGAAGGACAUUCGAGGAUUCACGCCGUAUUCAGCAAUCACUGACUGAGCUCACCGAGCGACUCACUUCUCUUGAAAAAACUAAAGGAGACGAGAUCCAUUCCACCAAGAUCUACCACGUUUAUAAUCAGCAACCGGAUACGGUUGGGUACACCUCCAGUGCACACCAACUGGCUCAAGAGUUGGAAGAAAUAAGCAGCACUUCGCGAAGAAGCACGCUGAGAAGGCACUACACUCCAGGCGACUACCUCAAAUACGCUACAGACGAUUCUCUUAUAUCUCGCUCCCGUCAAGCUUCCGGUACCGCGUCCUCGUACAUCACUCGUUCGAUGGCUGAUCGGCAGGGCACCGACACUUUCAGUAAGCGCUACAAUUAUCGUAGCCGCUCAGAUGUCGGCUCCCCGAGGAGGUACGCCAGUCAGACAUUGCUGGAUGGCUCCCGUCCCGGACCGAGUACACCGCAUGCACGUCGGGAUGCUUUGAGCACCUUACAGCGGGAGCUAGACACACUUAGUCGUUCUCCUGACCGUUCUACACCGCGGGGAUACACAUCCGAUACGGGAAAUGCCUACGACACUGUGCGAUCCAAGGCUCGUGGAUACUCAAACUACGACUACGAUAGAGACGACGCAGGCAGAUGGGCAGACGACCUUCUCGAGAUCGUUGCUGAACCGAUGAAUAAGACCUUGGACAGGAUGAAGCAGUACAGUACUUCUUCGGCAAACGUUGGUGAGUGUUGCUGUCCAGACAAUUGCUACCUUCAAACAGAAUUUCGCGAUUCGUUGAGUUUGUGUUGA